AUGUACCGCACAACGCUAUAUCUUAGGCAGUGGGUUCCACACGGCCACCGUGUGGUCGUCCGAGACGCUGAACAGAUAGCCGCCUGGGCGCGUGCUCCACGCUAUGGCGUUCACCGUAGACGAGUGCGCCUGCAACACGGCAACCAGUGUGCCGAAGAGCUUGUUCCAAAUGUAGAUCUGUGCGUCCUCGCUGCCGUUGACGACGAAGCGCUCGUCGGGGCCGCCGAAGGCGCACCUCAGGAUGAAACGGUCUUCCCGAUGACCCCGGUACGUCUGUAUCACGCGGCGCUCGUCGAUGUCCCACAGGCGCAUGACCGGAUAGCGCCCCGCCACGCUCAGCAGCACCUGGUUGUACAGCGCGCUGCAGACCACCACGGUGACGUUGGCGUGCUCGGGCAACGGGGGCAACUCGCGCAACGUCGAAAUGUCGAUAAUGUGGGUGAGGCGAUCGGGCGAGGCGCCGAUCGCCAGGGUUCCGUCCUUGUUGACGGCGAUGGUGCGAAUGCGGCAAUCGACUCGGCAGCGACGCGCAGCCCUAACAGUAUACCGCAAUUCCGUGGAAUCCGAUGA